UCUCGCCAUGUGCAGACAUGUGAAUGGUUUACAGUCACAUAUUUUACCCUUAAUUUUAUUUUAAUGGCAUCGAGGCACCGAGAAUCAAUAUUUGGCGGUAACGUACUAACGUCACGGGGCACUGAACAGAAUCGUAUCAGGUCACUGAGUGCUUGCGAGAGGGUUUGAGAGGAAAAUCUGAAACAGAGUUGUAAUGGGAGAUGAGAACGAGAAGCAGAGCUGCAAUGGCGGAGGGAUUGUCUUGGUGGACCCGAAGCUGAGCAAAGGAAUCGCUUCGCGAGUUAUCGACUUAGUCGAGAAGCUAAUAGUUAAGUUAAUGUACGAUUCUUCGAGGCUACACCCGUUCUUGACCGGAAAUUUCGCUCCAGUGGACGAGACUCCGCCCUGCAAAAAUCUUCCCGUCAAAGGUUGUCUUCCGGAGUGCUUGAAUGGGGAGUUUGUUAAGGUUGGUCCUAAUUCAAAGUUUGCUCCAAUGGCUGGAUAUCACUGGUUUGAUGGAGAUGGCAUGGUUCAUGGCUUGCGUAUAAAAAAUGGAAAAGCAACAUAUGUUUCACGCUAUGUAAGAACAUCACGCCUAAAACAAGAAGAGUUCUUUGGAGGACCAAAAUUUUUGAAGAUUGGGGAUCUUACAGGAUUAUUUGGAUUAUUUGCAUCUGGAAUACAUUCUCUUCGAGCAAAAUUGAAAGUAUUGGAUGUUUCCUAUGGAAUUGGCACAGCUAAUACAGCUCUUGUAUAUCACCAUGGUAGACUUUUGGCUCUUUACGAAGCGGAUAAGCCUUAUGUUCUUAAAGUCUUGGAAGAUGGAGAUCUGCAGACCCUUGGAAUGUUGGAUUAUGACAAGAGAUUGACACAUUCCUUCACUGCCCAUCCAAAGGUUGAUCCAUAUACUGGAGAGAUGUUUACCUUUGGUAAUUCACUGACACCACCAUAUGUUACUUACCGAGUUAUUUCCAAGGAUGGUUUCAUGCAUGAUCAAGUUCCAAUAACAAUAUCAGAUCCUGUCAUGAUGCAUGACUUCGCAAUCACAGAGAACUAUGCAAUUUUCAUGGAUCUACCUCUAUAUUUCCGACGUGAGGAAAUGGUGAAGGGAAAUAAACUAAUUUUCACAUUUGAUGCAACUAAGAAAUCCCGUUUUGGUAUACUCCCACGAUAUGCAAAGGACGAGUUACAAAUCAGAUGGUUUGAGCUUCCAAAUUGCUUCAUAUUCCACAACGCUAAUGCUUGGGAGGAGGAGGAUGAAGUUGUUUUGAUUACUUGCCGCCUUCAGAAUAUAGAUCUGGAAGUGCUUCAGAAUCUCACAAUUGAGCUAUAUGAGAUGAGAUUCAACAUGAAAACUGGUCUGUCUUCACAAAAGAAGUUGUCAGCACCAGCUAUAGAUUUUCCUCGGGUGAAUGAGAACUACACUGGCAGGAAACAACGGUUUGUCUAUGGAGCCAUUUUGGACAGCACUCUGAAGGUGACAGGGAUUAUUAAGUUUGACUUGCAGGCUGAACCAGAAAAUGGAAAGACAAAACUUGAAGUUGGAGGAAAUGUUCAAGGCAUCUUCAACUUUGGACCAGGAAUAUUUGGUUCGGAGGCAAUUUUUAUUCCUCGUGAGCCAGAUGCUUGUGAAGAGGAUGAUGGUUACCUGAUAUUCUUUGUACAUGAUGAGAACACUGGAAAAUCCACAGUCAAUGUAAUAGAUGCAAAAUCAAUGUCGUCUGAUCCUAUUGCAGUUAUUGAGCUACCUGAUAGAGUUCCUUAUGGAUUCCAUGCCUUAUUUGUAACAGAGGAACAACUUCAAGAACAAGCAAAGUUCUAAUAAUAAAAAUGUCUAAUUGUAGAAAGCAUAUGCCACAUGGAAUAUUGAAAGCUUGGAAGGUUUAUUCAAUAAUGUAUUUAUUAGUGCUGCGAGGUCCUUUUCCAUUCCUAUAUCUAUGUUAUAUGGAAAUAGUUUUUGUUCUAGUCAAGAUAGGACCGAGGAAAAUGAAAGAAGUUUGUGAUCCCUCUUUCUGCAUGCUUUGUUUAAUACUUUAAUAGAAUAUCUCUGCAUUUCAUAUUUAAAUUAUUGCUAUAUGAAGUUUGUGUUGGAUCUAGUAAA